UCAAGGCUACCUGCUACAGAGAGAGCAAUCAGCACAAAAUAAAUAAUAAAAGAACGGAGCAUCAUCCUUCCCAUGUCAUUCCUAGGAAAGAGAUGAGACCUGAAUGUAACUUGGAGGACCAUGUGAGGACCGCCUCACCCAGCUCUUUCCGUCCAUCUGCAUCCUGUUGGUCUCCCACUGACUAUACCUUGCCGUACCUGAUGAUCUGUUUCUUUCCGAAGGGAGCCUGGGCUGAGAUCCACACCAACCACUACAGCGAAAGCAGCAUGCCUGCCUGGCUGCAGGGAUAGAGUGGGGUGCUCUGUCUUAAAGUCCACACCACAGGGAGACCUUAAUGUCUCAGAUAAGACAGCGAGGCUCACAGAACCCUGGAGACCAGCGGGCAGUCACAUCGUGACUGGGAAGCACGGAGCCAAGACCAGAUGCAAGGGCAGAGGACACCAGAGUCUCUCUCCUCAAGCAGAGCACCAGGUUGCCCAAGAGUGUGGUGACAGCAAGCCCGCUAGGCAAGGUUAGCCAAGGUUAGGAACCUGAUACAAUUGGGGACCUCCCAUUUCCCUCGUCCCUCACCUCCAACCACUCAAGACAGAUAUCCAGGACAGAGAAGCCAUGUGGUAGCAGAGAUGUGUUUCUACUCACACCAUAGGUGGGCCACACCUGCAGACCAGGCAGGCGAUGGGGUUGGGGACAGUAACUGCUAGCCACCAGUGCUGAGAAACCCUGCAGCUGCGCAAUUGAUUCAGGGGGCAAACAAGGAUGACUUGGAGGUCAGACAUAUCUGUCUUUUCCUAUUGGAGUGACUCUGAGCAGGUCACUUCACCUCUUCUAGUCCCACUGGGAAGUCCUCACCAUUACAAAGGGAUGUGACCCCCACCUAGCCGGUCCUCAGUAAAUGGCAGCCAUGCAGUUUCCCAGUUUUGCCAGGGCCAGCAGGCCAGCCUCUCUGGAGCUAUAGGAAUGCAGACUGGGAGCAGGGGGCUCUGAAUGGUCUUCCACCAAAGGGGCCCCUGCACUGGAAUCACAAGAGGUGGGGGGGCCCUCCUAGACUGUACGAUGAUCAAAGUCUCCCAGGGACCUGGCUCUCUUCCCUGCAGCCUGUUCCUUCCCGACAACAGGAGCAGAGCCCCAAGGUUAGGCAAAUACAGCAGAGAUAAGGUACUUCCAGACUGGGUCAUGCAUUCAAGGCUCUCGCUGGCUCUCUCUGGCUGACUCUUCGGCUCAGUGAGAACCCUGGUCUUGCAUGCAUGAAAGUGGGCACCAAUAGAAACGGCAGUCACAGUCACUGGCUGGUUGAGCGCCUGAGACCUUGGUGCCCUGGUACAGCCUAGGUUAAUGACCUUGUUUAUACACUUGAGUCAUCCGAUAAAGGGCAUCCAGGCAGCGGGCAGGUGGCCCUGUGCCCUGCAAUGGCCACUUCAUUGACUAAAGCGAUAGCAAUGCCACGUGGAGCUCCAGUGCCCCUCCCCCACCAUUUCCUCAGCAGUCCUGCCAGGGUCAGUGCGUGUGUGCAUUGUGUGUGUAUGUGUUUUUUUUUCUUUUCAAUGAACAUGACUUCUGGAGUCAAGGUUGCUUGGCCGUUCCCCCUCCCGCCCAUCGAGGAUAUAAAUAGCACCCACAGUACAGAGGGCCAGAUAGCUGGGAAGAAACAGGAACAAGACACCAACCAUGAACUCCAGCCAGUCUGGGGACUGCCCAUGCGAGGGCUCUGCAGGCCGCCCAGCUAUUCUGUAUGCACUUCUCAACCCCAGCCUCAGGGCCAGGCCCAUUGCAUCCGCAUCCCGAAGUCACUGCCUGUGCCAGCAGCACCGGCCUGUGCGUCUGUGUGCGCCACAUCGCACCUGCCGGGAGGCCUUGGAUGUCUUAGCCAAGACGGUAGCAUUCCUCAGGAACCUGCCGUCUUUCUGCCGCCUGCCCCAUGAGGAUCAGCGGCGCCUGCUGGGGGUCUGCUGGAGCCCUCUCUUCCUGCUCGGGUUGGCCCAAGAUAUUGUAACCUUUGAGGUGGCUGAGGCUCCGGUGCCCAGUAUACUCAAAAAAAUCUUACUGGAGAAACCCAGCAGUGGUACCCGGGAUGCCCAGCUACCAGACCGGCCACAACCCUCGCUGGCUGCUGUGCGGUGGCUCCAGAGCUGUCUGGAGUCUUUCUGGAGCCUUGAGCUGGGUCCCAAGGAGUAUGCCUACUUGAAAGGAACCAUCCUUUUCAACCCAGAUGUGCCGGGCCUCCAUGCCUCCUGCCACAUCGCACAUCUGCAACAGGAAGCUCACUGGGCCUUGUGUGAGGUCCUGGAGCCCUGGUACCCAGCUAGCCAAGGCCGCCUGGCCCGAAUCCUCCUCAUGGCCUCCACUCUCAAGAACAUUCCAUGUAGCCUUCUGGUAGACCUCUUCUUCCGCCCUAUCAUCGGAGAUGUUGACAUCGCUGAACUGCUCGAAGACAUGCUUUUGCUGAGGUGACCUGCAGAAUGAGGUCCAGUGCUUCCAAAGGGGAGCCUGAAAGGCAGCACUCAACUCCCCAGGAGCAGCCCUCACAUCAGUCACACCCCCAGCUUGGACUUCCUUGGUUUGAACACAGUGUACUACUAACGACCUAAUAGGCCCUUGGUGGCCCCCAAAGCCUCUGGGCCAGGGUCAGGGAGGGAGCAUGAAUGAAGCUGUUUAUCAGACCAGAAUUCCUCCUGAUUUUGUA